UCCUGGCCCUCCCGCCCCUCACGCAGCCCCGGGCCCGGCGGAGGCGCCUGCGCGCUGCGGCCGCUCGGUGCCGGCCCCGCUGGCGCCGCCCGCAGCUCCCGCGGCUCCUCUGCCUAUUUUAGUCACAGCCGCGCCUCCGCGGGACCGCCAGCGGCGACGAGCGGCAGCCCCGGGCUGUUGCUGUCCUGUCCGGGUGGCCCGGAAAGUUUUCCGCGGGGCAGGAGUCUCCAAGAUGAAUACUACAGCAAUGAGCCCACUCACUGUUACUCCACUAGGUUUUGUUCCAGACUUAAAAAAUUCCACCCUUGAUCCUCUCAAUGAGACUGCAUGUGAAAACUGGAAAGAGAUCCAUCAUCUUGUUUUCCAUGUGGCAAACAUUUGCUUUGCAGUUGGACUGGUUAUUCCAACCACUUUGAAUCUUCAUAUGAUUCUUCUGCGAGGCCUGCUCACCAUAGGAUGUGCAUUAUUCAUCAUUUGGGCUACACUCUAUCGUUGUGCCUUGGACAUAAUGAUCUGGAAUUCUGUGUUUUUGGUUGUCAACCUUUUGCAUUUCAUAUACCUAGUGUAUAAAAGAAGACCGAUCAAGAUAGAGAAGGAGCUUAGCAGCCUCUACAAGAGAAUGUUUGAACCUCUCCAUGUGCCUCCAGAGCUCUUCCAAAGACUAACUGGACAAUUCUGCAACAUUCAGACUUUGAAGACAGGUCAAGCCUAUGCAGCAGAAGAUAAAACAUCAGUUGAUGAUAGGCUAAGCAUCCUGCUGAAGGGGAAAAUGAAGGUGUCUUAUCGAGGGCAUUUUCUGCAUAAUAUUUACCCCUGUGCCUUUAUAGAUUCUCCUGAAUUUCGAUCAACGCAGAUGAACCGGGGUGAGAAAUUCCAGGUCACCAUUAUUGCAGAUGAUAACUGCAAGUUCCUGUGCUGGUCCAGGGAACGGCUGACUUACUUUCUGGAGUCUGAGCCAUUUCUUUAUGAGAUCUUUAAGUACCUUAUUGGCAAAGAUAUUACAAAUAAACUUUAUUCAUUGAAUGACCCAACCUUAAAUGACAAGGCUUCAAAGAAGAUUGACCGACAGCCCAGCCUUUGCUCUCAGCUCUCCGUGAUGCAGAUGAGGAACAGCAUGGCCAGCACCAGUGACAGCGAGGAUGGCUUGCAGAUGUUUCUUCGUGGGACUUCCUCUGCAUCCUCUCUUCUGACAGGUCCAGCAGAGCGCCUUCCCUAGUUGACUCAUCGAUCACUUGCGCGAAGGAAUUGCCUGCUACGUUCCAGAAACCUCCUGGACUGCCUGCUCCCAGCCUUGUUGCCUUUCCACCAGAUACCAGGGUGGUUAAAACUCCCCAAGAGCACCAAGGCCUGUGAUCCAGUUGUUGAAAGAAGGCUUCCUUCUCCUUGCUCUUCUUGAUCAGGCAGCCUGUAGAGAUUCCUGCUGUGAAGUUCUCCUGUGUUGGUCUGUUCUCUGAUCUUUGCCUUUAAACCCUCGAGUGGCUUUUCACUUGUUCCACACACAGCAAAGUUCUGUGAAAUUGAAGCCACUCCUUUGCAUAGAGAGCCUUUGGGUGAAUUUGCACUCAGAAAUUACAAAACUGUGUUUGUGCGAUUAGUUAGAAUUAAAAUGUCUCUUUCAGGCUUAACACCAAAACUCUUACACCAGUAUUUCAGCUUUGGGAGAAAGUACUUGAAAUGCAUGACAAGUUCAGCUGUAAUUAUAUAAAUCUCCAAGAUGCACUUGUGCUUAGCACAUAUUUGAUAAAUACACUUUUCUCUGUUGUACUUUUCCUUGGUUUGUGUACCUUUUUUUUUUUGGUAAACACAGUGUGCUUUACCCAAGAAAAGGGGUUUAUGUGUCUUUUAUUUUCUGAAAUUCCUCAGCCCAGCUGAGGCAGCAGCCUCCCAAGUCCAAUGCUUCCCCUUACUUUUGGGGAGGCAGAGGGAUUGCCCCUAUAGCAGUGCAACACACACCUUGGGAAGUAUUUUUAUUUUUUUUAUUUAUUUCUUCUUUGCAUUUUGGUUGUGAAAUUUCUGACUUCUGUAAAAGGUUUGUUCAUGUCCUCAAACUGUAAUGCUUCAAUCUUUGUUUUUGCCAAGAUAGCUUUUUAGUUAUUCCUGGGUACUGUCAUUGCCAAUGAUGGGGUUGCUACCAAGGUGAGCUCUGAUUAAAGAUUUGUAUUCAGUGUGGAUUGUGGCCAUGUACGCACUUUUUUCAGAUCACAGGGAAAACUGAAAAAAAUCUGCUAUUUGCCUUGUCACUGCUGUGUGUUCAAAAAUUUUCUGCUGAGUGCUCUCAGUGCAAAAGCUGGGGUAUUUUUUUGUCUUUUUUUUUAACAUUUACUGUAGUGCACAUGCUGAGGCUUACAGUUCCAGUGCUGUUCCCUGGGUCCUCCUUCUACAGGUAUACAUUUGUUUCUUUGGAACAAACAAACACAAUCCAAAAUCCUCAAAAGAUUUUUUGAGAAGCAUAUGGAAUGUCAAACUUUUUCUUCUUCUCUAUUCUUUUUUUAAAAUUAUAAUAAAAAAUGAAUGAAGGGAACUUACCUGUACAGGAACUCUAUAGGAAUACUGUUUUGUCAUUGCUAGGUGAUUGUUGUGUGGACAAAGCCUCCCACUACAAAUAUAACUUUGACUACUAUAAUCCAAAUAAGUUUUCUUCUCUUAAUUUACAUAUUCUUGAAAAAAUUAGCAUUUAUAAUUUUGUGUAAUCCCAUCUUUUAAAAUUAUGUAUUUAUCAGUGCUAUAAAUGAUAAGCUUUGACUCAUUCUCUCAAGAAAUUAAUAUUAAUACUUUUUCAAAGUGUUUAGUAAUAAAAGGGCUAAAAUUACUAAUUAGUAGGUCCCAAACUACAGUUACUAACAAAAGUAUAUUUUUAAUUUAAUUAAUUAAGAAACCCAACUAACUGUUUGCUUUUAUAUUAAGGAAAUAACCAACAAGAGUUCUAUAAUGCUUACGGAGUGAGUCGUUUGCAGCAUGAUGUUUUCUGUUGAUAACAUCACAUUAACUCAGCAGGCAUCCUCAAAAAGGUAUUAAAGUGGGGUUUGUUUAUCAUGUGACACUUGUGCUUGACAUCUGUGGUCCAUCUGUAUGUAAUUCAUUAGUAAGUGAAAUAGAGGUAUCUCUUUUUCCAAAAUUUGAGUUAAGCAAAUAUAGUUUAACCUGAUCACAAGCCUAGUUUCACCUGAAUUUCAGCCCUUUAAAUAAUAUUUUGGUAUUAGUUUCUAUUCUGUAAUUCUAUUGCUUGACAGCCAUUCACAUAUUUAUUAGAGAUAAGUCUCUUUUUCUGUGGUACUUGUUCUAGACAUCUCAGAUUUGCUGGUGUAUUCAUCUGUAUUUGUUAACUUCUAAGCUGAGCAGGAAUGUAAAAAAGUUUUGGUUUGGUAAUGCUUUUAGUGGUAUUAUGAGAUUAAAUGCUCCCCACUUGUGGUUAAAGGCAGGAUUGGAUUUCACAAGAAUUUUAAUAUGUAUUUUGGUUUAGGCCCUCAAGAAAGGGCAACAAAAUGUAGUGAAAGGAAGGUCUGACUCAGUCACUUGAACAUCUGUCCAACACUGGAUAAUGGCAUCAGUAGACAAAGGUUUGUAUUUGGAGCAAAUAAGAGCAUGUCUUUGAAACAAACAGGCUGAGUGAAUUAGACCUUAUACUGGAUCCUGUUGUACAAACUUAUGGCCGCUUGCUUCUGUUUUCUGGAGAGAAUUAAGUGGCUUUAAACAGAAGAAAACCAUUUUUAAAAUAGCAAUAAACUACAAAAAAA